UUUUACAGCAAUGAAAUAGUUCAUUUUGACAUGAACACUGUACAGUAAUACAUUAAAGAACAGACAAUGUAAUCUUACACAAAGAUAAAUGUCAUGAGAUAAAUAUAAAGAUUCAGGACUGAGAAAUGUGAGACCUCGACCACCUGACUCAUUUGAACUACGACACUACAAGGGAGGCAGGACUUGUGUAGGAGCCUCGACUACUCCAACCAGACACCACGUUCCCUCACACCGUUACUGGAAAACAAACAAACAAUCAACGAACAUUUGAGAGUCAUAAUAGUGAUGAAGGUUUAGUGUUAUCACACGUGUAGGACUGCAUACUGGUCAUCCUAGGGAAAGAUUAAGUAUGGGACGCGGACAGUAACCAUGUGUUCAUUUAAACGACUAAUAAACUCGUGUGAAAUUCCGUGUUUUGGACAGUUUAUUUUAAGGUUAUUUCAUUUCCUCCGUCACGUUAUUUAUAAUAAUGUUGAAGAUUUAAGAUAAGAUUAUGACUCGAUGUGGGAUAUUUAUCAUUAUUCAUGUAUACAUUGGGGAGGCAGUGUCGGCCCCCACACGCCCAGGAUGUAUGGAAGUGAGGGACGGCCGAGCAUAUAUCAGUAGUCAGUACCUCACUUCUCACAGUACCUCACUCACCGCCCGCCUCAGCCACUUCCCGCUCCUCUCUUGUUAAUUCCCGCCCUCAAACCGCGCAUCGCCUCAGAGCCAACAGUGAUGAGUAAACAUGUCGGAGAUGACACUCUUCCCUAACAGCACCGGGUCCAACGUGACGACGAGCAUCUCCCCGCCUGUGAACGGUAAUAACUCAGACAUUCAAGUAUGGCCGCUGUGGGCCUCCCUGCUGCCGGGAGCUCUCAUCCUUCUGCUGCUGGUCCUGGUGGUUGCUUCCCUGAAUAAGAUCUCAAGGAGUGUCUCACGGCCUGCCACACCCUCCACUCCUCUCCUGCGGGAGGAGCAGGACGAUGAUGACUGGGAGAACUUAUCCCUGCGGGAUAUAGCCGCCUGCACCCUGAGUCACUGCUGCAAGGGCGGUUAGACUGACCAGGCAACGACCUAGUAGAAUCACAGCCCUUGUUCCCGGGCAGCUGCUGGGACCAUGUGCAGACACACGCCCAGGGCAGCUUCGCUCCCGUGUCCUCUAUAUGGUUUUGCCUCGAUGUAUUUUAGAUUGUAGUCUCACUCACUAAAGAAAGUAUUUCACCUUCAUAUUUAUUCACUAGAUGUUACGUACUAAUCAAUACAUAUUCCCAACUGCUCCAAG